CAGGCAGGUCAAAACGGCAACGCAUCGCUCGGUCGGCGUUUGCCACACUUAUCUGCCGCUUCGUAGCGGAGCGCGCGGUCCCCGCGGCCUCGCAUUUUUCGUGUCUUAUCCGCGGCGAUCGGUACGCACAUGUGUGAGAGAGAUUGUUCAUCACAACGACGCGGUGUGUAAUUUCGAAAAAUAGUAAUACACAAACGUACGUGAUAACUCGAAUAAGUUCGAGUUAGAAUCUAUGUUGCGAAUUCCGGAGUUGCGCCUGCACCGAGGAUCGUUUUUCAAACGGACGCAGAACGAUGCAGCGCGCAGGGCGCCCGGGUGUUUUGACAUUUGCGACGUAUAGUUAUAUUUUAUUACAGUGAUAUCGACGACAGUGUCUUGGGAUACCCGCGAACGACAGUGGCCGUGACGGUGAAUGACGAGGGUGGCAUCAUCGGAGCGCAGCGCGGCACAAACGAGCUACGAGAAUGCCGACGGAUGUGACCGGGGGCCCAGGACUCGCAGUAGUGGCAGGGGAUGUCCUUACCCUGCGAGGCACAGGACUCGCUGCUGCAGAAACGUGGGCUCUGCUCUGCCAGGCAGCCCAGGCCCUCCAGGAUCUUUUUCUCUCAAAUGGAGGCGUGGUGGGUGGUUCGAGAGCAGGACCAGUGGUGACUCCGCAUACGCUGGAACUGACACUACGUGGUAGGGUUUUGCUGCAGCUCGCACCGCCGGAAACUGCUCGGGCGUACCUGCCGCCGGAGUAUCGACCCGGCCGCGUGUAUUCGGACACGGAUUCGGAAAAAAUGUGGAUGUAUUCUUUAGGCAGGGCAUUAUUGGACACAACUCCUAGAGCAACGGCGUUAACGGGGACCGUUUCCGUCUCGCCCUCUUCCGCUUUGCAAUCAGUGUUGGCCGCCAUGACGGAGCCUGAUCCUCGCAGGCGUGCCUCCUUGAUGAAUUUACUUGACGUAAUAUCCGAAUAUUGCCGGACGCGUCUACAAGCAAAGCCCUUCACGCACAUAGUGAUGGAAAUGUAUCGAGAAGUCGUGAGGUCACCACAAUACGCCGCGCGGAAACGAGCAGCCCUCUACCAGCUGAACACCCUAUACCCUACACGGAACAUGAUCGAACAAUUGAAUCAUCAGAAAAUCUACGGGCAUCAUCAUCAUCCGCAACAACAGCAGCAACAGCAGGACUAUGUCCAAGCUGUAAAUGGUCAACCGCCAUCUUUUCAACAUCAGGCACGUGUCGGGCAACAUUUGCCGAAUCAAUUAACUGUUCAGCAACGGCAGCAACAACAAUACGAUCGCGUUCAACGUCCGGCCAAUCAAUUUCGCUCGCUUCACCAGCAACAGGAUUAUGCAGCACAACCGCCGAAGGGUCAGCAGGAUUAUCGCAGUCAUCAUUACAAUUACCAAUACGCGAAAGGGGCGCACUUCAAGGCGCAAUCGCGCAAUUCGCAGUCGCAUCCCAAUCUGACGAGCUUGUUCGACUCGCAGCAGCAGCAGCCACAACAACAACAGCAGCAGCCGCAGCAGCAACAACGGCAGACCGCUCUCAGCGCCUACAGAACGCACUUUCAAUCGCAGCUGGAUAUCCAAUGCGGCAGCCGAUCGAUAGGGCCAGCGACGACACGUCGGAUUCAUCAUCACUCGAGGACGUACUCGCAGCCGGUUUACACGCGGCUUCAACACACCAGGAGUAGUGGCAAUCUACCGACGACGACGAGCGCGAUGGCCGACGGUAAUCCCGACGGAAAUGUUUACAACGACCCGAUAUAUGCCCUGCCGGUUAAGCCCUUCCUGAGCUCCCAGGACGUGCGAGUCAAUGGACUGUCGGCGAAAGCUCCCGCGAUCUGUCACGGCGACGAGGUUUACGGUGGAUCGUCAUCAAUAAACAGGCAUCCCUCGAAUACCGGUCGCUCCCAACCCGACGUAACUUCGCAACCAAAUGAACGUCUUCGCGAAGAUAUAUACGGACGAACGUCUACGGGAAGGAUGCUCCUGCAAAGGCAACACUCGAAUCCGCAGCUGCCGAGUAGAACGCAAGCUGACGAGGAUUUCAAGCGAUUGUCACAGCCGAGUGUAGCAACGACUGAAUCUCGCGUCGGCGUUGCGCGAAAAGAAGGACAGACGAUACGACAACAAAAUUCAGCAACUACUAUGAGGCUGAGGGGGCUCCAGGGACCUCCGAAGCCACCUCGAAUUAUCACCACCUUGAGAAAAACCGCUCUCUCCGAUUCGGAAUGUAAUAGCCACACGGAGCCGCCGGCAAAGCCUCCCAGAAUCAUGGUGAGAAACGGGCCUAGAGCUCGACGAGGAAAAGCAGUUCAAAGAGCACCGUCACGCUUGUACAGAACAGUCGGUGGACCCACGAGGUGUUUCAAUAAAGCACAAUGUGUUGGUCCCGAGUUUGUAGUUCGUGCCAAUCAGCCCCCGAAGACAUUAUGCGUGGGACAAGUCAAGGCGGGCAACUCUGGCCGGAUAGUCGUAAUAAUGUUAACAGGACAACGCGUGGAGGUAACCUGUGAUCCUCAAAAGGUCACCGCCGGGGAUUUAUUUCAGGCUAUUGUCCAAGCGGAAAGCCUCGAUGAAAACUUCACUCUAGGAUUGGCCGUGCUACUGGCCGGGGAUUUCGCGAUGUUACCACCCGACACGAAAUUAAAUAAGGUCGCGCCGCCGGGAUGGCUGAGCAGCGGCAAGAGCAAGAGUCUGCUCGGUCUGCCGACUAGUUUCAUGCUGUAUCUGCGACUCCGAUUCUUCCUGCCGUCUCUUCGCGGCACCAGGAGUUGGAUAUCGAAGCAUCUGCUGUAUCUGCAAAUAAGGCGGUGUAUACUGGAGCAGCAGCUGGUCUGCCCGUAUUCCGAAUUAAUCAAUUUGACGGGUCUCGCGCUUCAAGCUGAAUUCGGCAACUACAACGUCAACGAGCACGGCUGUGGGGAUUACUUCCUCCUCGAGCACUAUGUACCGGAAUCCUUGAUAUUGAGCGCGGACCGGCAUCAAUCGCAGCCCUGCGUCGACGCCGAUACACUUCGGGCGCAGCUACACCGCGCUCACCGCGACCGCCGCGGCCUGGACUCGAACAAAGCCGAGGAGAUGUUCAUAACUCACGCGCAGUCCCUGCCGGAUUACGGCUCGCACUACUACAUCGCCACGGUGGACUCGAAGGAGCUGGAGAAGCUGAUGGCGCGGCAGAGAAAGGGGAAGAGCGCGUCCGUGUCCGACAACCGCGACGUCGCGGCCGUGCCGUCGCAGGACGGCGCGGGAAACGGGUAUCGCCAGGAGAAAUCCGCCCGGGACGCCUACGGCAGAAUCGGGAUCCCGCGAUUAAGCUCUCGCGGGAGCGCGCCGACGAUACCCUACUCGGACGAGCACGCGAAGAACGCGGCUCUAUGCAGCCGCGACGAGACGUGCAAUAACAACAACAAAAAUAACAAUAAUAAUAUCAAUAGCGUUAACAGUAACAACAGUAAGAAUAGCAGUAAGGGCGGCAAGAGAAAAACGGAGAGCAAUGUGUGGCUGGCGAUACAUUCUCAAGGCCUGAAGCUGCUGGAGCGUGGGGGCGAGCCGAGGGAGAGGACGGAAUUGGCCCACUUUCAGUGGCGGGACGUGCAGACGUUGAGUUACAGCAAGAGCUGUCUGGUGGUGUACAGCAAACUGAAUGGGAAACGAUGCAAGUUUAAAUUGCGGAUGGAUCAUCGAAAAAGUUACUUCGCCUUCAAGCUCACCUCCCUGCAUCAUCAGUUCUUUCUCAGACUUCGUUCGGAGCUCACGUCCCUUCAGGGCCUCGCUAAAGAUUUUGGAGUGCCUCUGACGGAAGCAAAACCUACACCAUUGAAACCCAAGCUCGGCGACGGUAAAACUAAGAUAACGAUCGCGAAUGCGGUUAAAGUGCAGCAGAGAAUAAAUUAUCCGAUGCAACUGGAGGAAUAUCAAAAUAAAGAGAAUGAAAAUCCUCAGAAGGACACAAUUAUAGUGACGACGACGACGACGACGACAACGACGACGAAGGACGCUGGUCGCGAACCUGGCUUUUAUUCGUCCGAGGAAGAUGCUCUUUACGCGCAGGUAAACGUGCGAUUAGAACCGGAGGGCCAAUCGCGAGACACAGAGGAAGAAUCGGAGAGAGGCUUGACGACGCCGCACAAGAUCCUGUUGGAACCCAAAGAAACGAAAUCGGAGCACGACAAGCUCUACGGCUGUCCCGGGCUAGAAAGCGAGGCUGAAACCGAUUGUACAUAUUCGCUCCCAAAAGUUAUAUCGAACAACAUCAACCAGUUAGAUAAACCUAACAACCCUGAAGAAUUAUACGCCGCUAUUAAUAAAGUUCGUCUGUCGAGAAAGAGCGAGUUUCCUGUUCCGGAUGAAGUUUGGAAUGUAUCAGACGUUAAGAAGACAUUGCAAAAGAUGAAAGCAUCCAGCUUACCGAAUUACGGUGCGCCGAGGCAGUCGGGUUUACGUACACCUAGCCUGCCGCGUCGAUUGGGUGUGAAAAUGGGAACGCGAGCGAUUUACAGUAGCUUGGUCCAGAAAGAUACCGCGCUUACCGACGACACGGAAUCACUAUCUCUAAAGUCCGACACCGAAUCGUCUAUUCAAUCGCUCUCGGCACGAUCUACCGAAUCACCCAUGCCGGAAGCAUACGUGCUGAAUGCCGAUAUACGAACCAACGAUGAAACGUUUCGGAUACCAGACGACGAAUCGAUAUCAACGUCUUUAAUGGCACGUUUAGAAGAGCUGUCAUUCGCCGAGGAACGAAUUUUGCACACGAUCAAGUUGGAACGCGGCCACGGUGGUAGCAUAGGUUUGCAAGUGAUGGAGGGUAACGACGGUGGCGUUUAUGUUCAGGCGGUUUCCGUUGGCGGAUCAGCCGAUAUGGCCGGAAACGUAAACAAAGGUGACCGGAUUGUAGCAAUAAACGGACAGAAUCUGCUGAAUCUUCGCUACGAGGACGCUCUGAAGAUGCUGCAGAGCUCGUCCGAAACGGUCGAGUUGGUUCUUUCGCAGCCUGCUAUUCGAAAAAGCUUGGAAUCGAGAAACGACCAGGGCCAGAACUCUGUAGAGAACAAUUACUUACACGACAUCAAAUUCGACGUGUCGUCGGAGGCGGAAACAUCCAGCAUGAUGAACAAGUGGAUCAUUCAGAAAACCACGGACGUGGCAUCGGUGCAGAAUACUUCAAGCGCAUAUAGCAGCGCCGCAUCCAGCGCUAUGGGCAAUCAUAAUAACGCCAACUGCAGCCUAUACAUGACUGAUCUCGUUGACAAUAACGCACUAAAAUCUGCCAGCAUGCUGCUAUCUAUAGAAGACUUCGACGUCAGUAGAACGAGUCGCCAAGUUUUCAUUUAGAUAACGGAAAUUCGUCUGAACCACCUGUGCCACCGCGGCGAACGAAACGUAAGAUCAAGAUUGCGCCGAUCGAUCAGUCGGUGGC